UUGAAUAUGUAAGCGUAAAAAGGUGGGGGUUGAUGAUAAUCACCACUGAUGAGUUUUAAUUAAUGUAUAGUUGCUCAUUAAUGUAUUUAACAAUACAAAUGCUGAGAGUUUUAAGAAAUAGCGUACAGAAUAUUACAACAGCGCGUCAUUUAAGUGUACUUGGCAUCGAAACGUCUUGUGACGACACUGGCAUUGCGCUGUUGAAUCAAAACGGCGAAGUUCUCGGAAAUGUCUUGAACUCACAGCAGAAAUUCCACACAAGGUAUGGCGGCAUUAUACCGCCACGUGCACAAGAUUUACAUCGCGCAAAGAUCGCGGAAGUGUUUGAAAACUGUAUUGCACAGGCACAAAUGACACCCGAACAACUAGAUGCGAUUGGUGUUACAACCCGACCAGGCUUACCACUUAGUUUGCUUGUAGGGCUGCGUUUCGCCAAACAUAUAGCGCGUAAAUAUAAGAAACCCUUGGUGCCGGUGCAUCACAUGGAAGCUCAUGCUUUGCAGGCACGCAUGGAACAAAACAUACCCUACCCUUUUCUUUGCCUCCUUAUAAGCGGAGGACAUUGCCAAUUGGUUUUCGUGCGCAGCCCGAGUAAAUUUUCACUACUCGGCGAAACGUUGGAUGAUGCGCCAGGUGAAGCGUUUGAUAAAAUAGCACGACGCCUGCGUUUGUUUCUGCUACCUAAGUAUGAGCAUUGGAAUGGCGGUCGAGCAGUGGAAGAUGCAGCUCAGCAUGCUCGUAAUCCUUCUAGAUUUGAGUUUCCUUUACCGCUGGCGCGUGACCGAAACUGCAAUUUUAGCUUCGCGGGUAUUAAAAAUAAUUCAUUUCGUAAUAUACGCGCAGUGGAGCGGCAAGAAGGCACGCCACCAGAUGGCAUAAUCCACCAAUACCACGAUUUCUGUGCUGGUUUACUAGCGGCUGUUAGUCGCCAUUUAAUGAAUCGGACGCAACGCGCGCUGGAAUACACUAUUCCAUGGUUUGGGAAUGCUCCACGCUCACUUGUGGUCUCCGGCGGUGUGGCUAAUAACGACUAUAUUUUCAACGACCUCUCCCAUUUGGCCACGCACUAUGAUUGCCAAGCUUAUAGACCCUCAAAGAAAUACUGCUCGGAUAACGGUGUUAUGAUAGCAUGGAAUGCUAUCGAAAAAAUCAAGGAGAACUCGAACUGUAUGCGUUGGGAUUAUGACUCGUUAAGCAUAUGCGGCAAGGCAACACUAGGCGAAAACUUGCUGUCGGCAGUAGCUGAAGCGAAUAUCAAGUGCAAAUGGGUGCAGGCUUCCAAAUGGAGACGGGCCAUGAAUGAAACACCGCAACCACUCACAGCAGGGCAGGGAAUAGUACUUUAAAAAGAAAUAAAUAUAAAAAAAGUUUAGAAAAACUAGAAGAAUCCUACGCGAAUUUUAAAAGAGAGCGUGUAGUAGCUUUUUAUUGUAAUUUUAUUGUUUGUUGUUGUUAUUACAUUUUUUUAUAUUUAUUGUAAUAUCUGAAAUCAAUAAUUAUAAUGACUAUAACUAAAGUAAUGUAAAAAUUGAUAAUGUAUAUAUAUAAAAAUAUUAAAAAAUGCAUCAUUAGUUCAUUCUUUUCAUUAUCGAACUACAAUCAUUUUUUGUUUGAAUUUAUUUUUAUUGUUUUUUGUGGUUAUUUUAAUUAUUUUUUACUUUUUCAACACUUCACUUCCGUGUGUACGUGUGUGUGUGUUGUUUGCGUACGCUUUCUCAUAUAAAUUAUUUAAAGUUGAAAAAAUGCACGAAAUUGCAGUAGCUUGCUUUCAUAUCAAUA